AGUGCGAUUAACUGACUGAGUGGCCUUGAAAUCGGUUCUAAGACUUUUCGUGCGCGUGUUGCUCAUUCCCCUCCUCAUCAGUGGCCCAGCCACGCGCCGGCUGAGUCUUUCCAUACCGAUUCAAUUCAUUCAGCUGGUGAUCGAUCAUCCAAAUUAAAUUUCUAUUACUUAACUCGUCACCAUUUUUGUGUCGACCAAAUUUUUUUUUUUGAAAAUUGGAUGCAAAUUACGAGAGAACUAUCUCCUUACAUGUAAAUCUUGUUUAAAAUGUUUUUGUGUUUAAUAUUUUAUAUCUGAGCGUCUGCUAAGCACUUUCCAUGGGCUAUGAGAUCACCGGGUCCCUUUGAGCGGAAAACAUGGGGCUCGAGUGGCCGCAGAAGAGCGUGGCCAUAUUUUCGCCUCCCCGCUCUGUCCCUAAGCGGAUUGAAAGGUGCGAAAACCAGCAAGUGGCGACUCCUCCCAGCCCGUUCAGCCAUUUUGGCAUUUGGAGUCAAUAAACUAUCCACCGUUUGGGCAUCUCUGACAUUACGAAGCCGUAUAUUAUUAGAUCCACGAACAGCUCAAAAUACUUUCCAUUUUGCUUUGACACACCUUGAGAAUGCCUUAUUAACAAUGCGAACGAUCGGGCUGGUUAACAACAAAAAAAAUUCCUCAAACGGUUUCAAUAGCUGUUGGACAGAUAUAUCGACCAUCACAUCCCCCCACAAGUUAAAACAACAGCAAGUUAAAGGUGCGCGCCUCCAUGUAUGGAGCAAAGCGCCCUCUACCUAAAAACCGCAGGUUGACAAUUAUACUCUAGUCGAGAAGCAGACACCAAUCAUUUAUCCAAGACCUUUUGGAGGUAAUAAACUUAAUUUAGUGGUUUUCACGGAUUUUUUCAGAGAAAAUGCCCGAGGGGCCAGCCAAAUUAGGAUAUUUCGUGUCGAAAGACCAACAAAGAAAAAACGCAGACAAUGUUUGCGUGCUCGUCGUUCACUACAACUUUGAAAAGACCAAGGACGAAUCCUGGAUUCGGAAAGGCGAUGCUCAGGACGUAGAGAAUCUAGAAAAAACCUUCAGGGUGAACCGGAACUGCAACUUUCGCAGUAUUUUGUCACCGGAAAAAGAGGAAUUGCUUCAACUUCUUUCAAAUCAAAAAGAACUAUUAAAAUUAUUUGGCUGUCCAGAUGUUCCAUCAGUGUUUGUGCUUUACAUUCUAUCCCACGGCGACACAGAUGGAAAAAUCUUCACCGACCACUACCAGAAAGAAGACCAAAAAGACUUUAUUUGCUUCACAACAACGGAGAUAUUUGAGUCUCUAAAAAAGCUGACUGCUUUCGAGGAAUGUCUUAAAUUUAUUAACUUUGGUCCAUGUAGAGGGGAGCUGAUAGACUCAAUUUUUUUCGCCAAUCACAACUACGUCGAGUUCGAGAACGAAAACUCCUGCCGAAUCACCUACAGCCCUUUGACGAGAAACACGGUUGUGUUCUUCUCAACGGUCGAAACGACCAAGGCCAAACGAGACCAGAAAGGAACAACAUUCGCCUUCCUUACGUGCCAGGUCUUAAAUUCGCUUCAGAAGGACGAGAGUCUGAUUAAUGUCCUGACAACUAUUCAAUACGAGAGCCACAAAGUUGCAGUCAAAGAGACAACUGGACAAACUCCGGAAGUAAAGAUGUUUUCCCAGGACAGAGGUUUUGUGAUCUCAAAAAGCCCUUCAAAUAACUUGGCUUCCAAGACAUUGGACGAAAUUGCCAUCAAGCGCGAUUUUUACGAUUGGAAAUCAAAAUCAGGGGAAAACUUGCGACGUCGCCUUGCGAUCCUAUUUUCCGUAGAUGCAGAGCGAAAUGAGCAGCUGAAUGAAAUUAAAAGAGCUCUGUCCCAAAACCUAGAUUUUGAGACCAACGAAAGGUUGCUGAGAGGAAAUCCAUGGGAGUCCAUAAAUGAAGCCUCGUGGUGUGACUCCAACAUUGGCUGCAUUUUCCUGAUUUUCUUUGGCCGAUUGAGUGAAAAAAAGGACAUGAAUGAGGUUUGCGUGCAGGUGGACGGUCAAGAAAUUGUGGUUUCAGAAAUACUGCGCGAGUUUAUCGGGCCAAAAAACGACCAGUGGAUAGGAAAACCGAAAGUAUUAUUCCUUGUUAAUCAGGAAACGAGCUCGUCUGACGCCAUCGGAAAAAUGCAGUCUAACAUGAAAAUUUCUGCAACAAAUCACAGUGGAUGGUUAGUCCUUGUUUUGCACAACAAAGAUGAACUUCAAAAGCUGAUCGAACUCUUCAAGGGUCAAGAGCUGAAAAAGGAAAAAAGUCUUCAAGAACUGCUCGCAAGUCUUCUUAUUUCCGAAUCAAAAGAAAAUAAGGAUUUUCUUAACUCGACGCUCCAGUAUUCUCUCAAUUUUCCCGACUGGCCCAGUUCUUUUGUUGAACUUAGCUUCUCGUCAGUGAUAAAUUCUCAAAAAUAUAUAGAAUAUGACGUCAGCUUCGACAGCUUGGUGAAGGAAUCGGCAACAGAAAAACAAAUUUGGCUUUUGAGUUCGGUCGCAGGAACGGGAAAGACGACAAUCCUCAGGGAAAUGGCUUUUCAACUCGGGAAACUAGAUCCUGAUUUACAAAUUUUACGUAUUUCACUCCCGAGAGUUUCGUUUGGCCCUUUGAAGAGGAACGUGACCGAGUUUGAUUUUCUCGCGAAUGCCACUCAUAUUUCGAAAGAGGAAAUCUCAAAGCAGAUAGAAAACAAGCAGUGUGUUGUGAUUCUUGAUGGGUUUGAUGAAAUCCGUCGUGAAAACCAACAAAAGGUACUAAAAGUUAUCGAAGCUCUAGAAAAGAAGCAGAUUUCCAUAUGGGUUGGAACGAGACCUCACGCAGCAGAAACAAUAAAAAAGCGGAUAUCAAAGGCUGUUAUAGUAAAGAUUGUUCCCUUGAAUUAUAAGCAGCAAAUCGAGUUUUUGAAGCUUGAGACGGGCAAGAGUCGAGAAGAUUGUGAAUUAUUCAUCGAUAACUUUUCUUCAAAUGGCAUCCUGGAAAAUCCUUUGCACCUUUCUUUGGUUGCCAAGUACGGGGCAGAAGGAAACUUGUACCAAAUCUACGACCAGGUUGUGCGACGGAAAGUGGAAGACUCUCUGAUCAAUAAAGGAUUUGACAAAGACAAUGAAAACACAUUUCCCAGGUUAUUCGACGAAGCUUUGAAACGUCUUCAACAGAUAGCAAGUUGCCACAUCACAGAAGUUGAACUAAAUGAUGAUGCCACAAGAAAAGAGCUUGAAAAAUUCAAUUGCUAUGGCAUUGCCACGUUUGAAAACAACAAGGUUUUUUUCAUUCAUCAAACUUUCGCUGAAUUUCUUGCAGCCCAGCAUUUUCUGCUUGAAAUCGAUGUUGUUAGCGAAAGUGAAUCCCAAACCAGUGUUGAAGAUGGUGCAAGCAUAUUAUACAAGCAAUCGUCAUCGUCGUGCAUAGAGUUUGUUGAUUUAUUCUAUUCCACUAACGAGGAAAAGAUUGAAGAGGACAGGACAUCAAUUCUUACAGUCAUGAAGCUGAAUCCUGAUAGAUUUUUGGAAUUGAUUGUUGACGGUGGUUGUAUUAAUAUCUUCAAAAUGAUUUAUCAAAAUAUCACCUUCAGUAACAACCGAGAGGGUAAUUGUAUUUCUGUUGCAAACGACAAGACGCUUUUGGCCAGAGCAUUCAAAAGUGCGGAAGAAAUUGGAACCAUGAUUCUAGACACGGACUUGACCAACAGUGAUGAAGAGUUGCUAAUCAUUUUACCUUACCUGUUGAAAUCGGUAGCUAAAUCAAACGCAACUGUCUUCUUUGAGAAGCUGAAGACAAAAUAUCCUAGAUUGCCAGAGAUGAUCCACUCUAGAAGAUUUGUAAUAGAUGCUGGAUUGAUUGCAGCAAGAAGGAAUCACGGUGAAAUCCUUCAACUACUCCUGGAAAGCGGUGUCGACGUAGAUUUUGAAAAAAGACGUGGACGAAAUAAAAUAACUGAUUUUACGGAAGAGGAAUUUGGAAACGCUCUUCAUUGUGCUAUUAACUUUCAAGCUAUAAAAUGCGUGGAAAUUUUGCUCAAGCAUGGUGCAAAAUUGGCCAUAGAUGAAGAUGGUGAAAGUUGGGACCCUUUGAUGAUGGCUGUAAGAAAAAAUAAACUAGACCUGGUCAAAUUGUUAUUGGAUGAAAAUAUCAGUGGAAUGCAACGCAACAAAGAAACGUUCGAAAUAAAUGAAGUAAAAACAGAGUUGAAUGCUUUACAACUUGCUAUUGAAUACGGGAACAAAGAAAUCGUAAAAUUUUUGUUUGAAAAGAGUCCAAGAUUGAAAAUCGUGGAAAAUGGAAAUGAAGGAAGUUCUCUACAAAUUUCGGCUAAAAAUGGAAAUUUUAAAGUGUGUCGAUGGCUUGUUGACGAAGCAGGGGAAAACGUGAACACCUUACGACCAAGUGGAGAUCCAAGAGAUUGGUCCAGGAAUGACAAUAAAUGCAUGGAUCAUUUCUUAAUUCUGCAGAAGAGUGACAUUAACAUGACGGAUGAAAGAGUGAAAACUGCUCUUCAUUGUGCUGCGGAACAUGGAUAUGUUCGACGUGUCAAAGAUUUGAUCCAUUCUGGCGCGAAUAUUCGAGCUGUAGACGAGAAUGGAUGGAAUGCUUUUCAUUUUGCUUGCAAAAGUAACAGUAGUAAUAAAAAGGACGUGAUUCGAUGGUUGCACAGAACUGAUAGUCAACUGGCCAAGGAGAAAACCGGAAGUAACCAAACAGGGCUGCAUAUUCAUGUGGAAUUCGGAAAUUGGCCCACAGAUGAUGAAGCACGUUUUCUGGUCGAAGAGAUUGGAGUUGACGUAAAAGCAAAGGACAACCAAGGCUGCACUGCGUUGCGUAUUGCAUUUUACAAACGACGUGAUUGCGUUGACUAUUUGAUGGCCAAAGAUAUCAACCUGGGAGUAAAAAACAAACGGGGACGAACGUGCCUUCAUUUUGCCGCUGAAAGGGGGGAUUUAGAGGCUCUGCAAACUUGGAUUGAACUCGGUGGAGACUUGGAUGUGGUAGACAAAAUAGGAUCGACAUCGUUACAUGAUGCCGCUCUAAAUGGACAUUUGCAAUUUGUGGAUAAGCUUCUAGCCUGCGCGGCUGAGGAAGCUAAAAAUCAAGAUAUUGGUAAUGGGUCUGUUGGAUCCACACUGAAAGAGAACUUGAUAGUAAACAGAUGUGACAAUGAAGGAAGGACAGCACUGCAUCUUGCUGCAAAAAAAGAAAAUGUUGCUAUGGUGGAAAUUUUGCUGGAAAACAACGCAGAUUUAACUCUAACGGACAAGCAAGGAAAGAAUGCAAUCCACUACGCUAUCAGAGACGAAAGAAUGUUACGAUUCCUCAAUGAGAAGAACGGAGAUCUUAUGAAGCAUCCUUCAAACGAUGGAAAUACAAUUCUACAUGCGGUAUUGCACUCUUUUUGUGAUGGACACAGUGAUAAAAUUGCUCUGUGGAUUAUAGAGCAAGUAGACGAUUCCGUUUUAAACGCGAAAAAUGCUUCUGGCAACACACCACUCUUACUGGCUUGCAAAAAAGAGUUCUGGAGGGCCGCCGAAUUGCUGCUGACCAGAAAUGUUGAGGUCAAUGUCUCGGACAUGUGGGGAAAAACUGCAAUGCACUACGCCGCACAAUGGGGAAAAUUGGAUUUAGUGAAGCUUUUGCACGAGAAAGGUGCGGAUUUGACUCUAACAGACAGGAACGGAAUGAAUGCCUUGAACCACGCAACAGAUCACUUGGAGGUAAUUUCAUUUCUUCACGAGAAAAACAAUGAGUUGUUGGGACAGCGUUUUAAAGACGGAAACACAACCCUCCAUUUGGCAAUAAGAUCGAGUUUCGGAGACACUGACAUUAUUCUUUGGGUCCUUGAGCAUUUUGAAAAUGACUUGAAUGUAACAAACAACGAGGGUGAGACACCGCUUCUGCUGGUUUGCAAGGAGAGUGAUUGGCAUUUAGCUAAAAUUUUGCUGGAUAAAAACGUCGAUAUACAUGUGAAAGAUAAAAAAGGAAGAACCGCCCUGCACUACGCCGUUAAUUUGGAUGGAAACCAUCGAAUCGAAGAUUUAUUUACUUUUGAUUUGGUGCAAGAGUUGUGCAAAAGAGGUGCAGAUUUUGCUUUGACAGACAACGACGGGAUGAACGCUUUUCACCAUGCGAUACGAAACUUUCACAUGGCGUUAUUCAUUCAUAAUGUGAAUGGUGAUUUGGUAAAACAGCGUUUGAACAAUGGAGACACAUCUCUGCAUCUGGCAAUCAAAUUAAAUGCAGGAGACAUAAUUCAACACUUUCUAAUUGAGCUUGUGGAGCAGGGCGUCAUUGAUUUGAACGCGAAAAAUGCUUCGAACGAAACCCCGUUGAUUUUGGCUUGCAAGGAAAAGCUUUGGGAUUACACAUUUUUUGAAAUACUUUUGUCAAAAAAUGUGGAUGUCAACAUAAGAGACAUUCAGGGGAAAUCUGCUCGUGACUACAUUGACGAAUCUUUUCCGACUCAUUUACUUAGAAGGUUUGAUGAACUCGAGGAAGCUUCACCCAGCAAAUAAAUGCGAGUGAAUUAAAACCGCUUUAUCUUGUUAACGCUCUUUUUGGUUCAAAUUUAGCACAUUUUAGCUUUUCUUGCUCUAACGCUUAAUUGAUUCCUUCAAUUAUCGACACCAGUGUAAAUGAGGACUGAGAAUGAAUAAUUCAUAAUUCACUCUUAAUUUAAGUUUGAAAGUCUCAGAUGAGCUAAUAUUAUUGAUUUCCUGGUGUUUUCUGAGAUGGAAUCAUAUUUUUAAAAUAGAAUUUAAUUUUAAAAUGCUUUUGGAAUGUAAAUAUAUAAAUCAAUUUCAAUGACUAACAUUUUCACACCAAUUGGUAAUUUAUUUUGGACAAAUUAUGUAAUUAGGGUUAUUAUGUAUGAAUGUCUGUUAAUUAUUACAAACAUAAUUUUUAGUUUCUGUACUAUACUGGCGUUUAGGAAUAUAUAAACUGGAAGCGUUAUUCAAUAAAAUUUGAAACACUUGUUAAUUGUUUUUCAAAAAAUAAAGUAUUAUCUUUGUGAUACCUGUGCAUUUAUUUUGCAAUAUGAAUCAAUUAAUAUUCAUUAUGUAGAAUUCCUGUUAAUUUUUUCAAAUAGAUGAAACUGCUAAACAUAUGUGCAGCAAAUAUCUCUAUCCUCCAAGAAAUCUUAAAAAUAAUUCAAUUUUAUUACAAUGAAUUCUUCAAAAAUUAAAUACAUGGCUCAGCUUUCAACGCGAAAACAGCUGUUUCCACACUCUCAUCUAGUCUCGAUUACCCUGAAGGUGGUGUGACAAUUUUGGAAGGGAAUCCAAUUUUGAUUUUCCAUUCAGCCACUGAUUUCAAGAAGCCACUGUAACCAGAAGCAGUUUUCACACUCCCAGCUGGACCGACCUUGGCGAUUGCCCUGAAGUUGGCGGGGAAGUGCAGCAGGCAAUCAGGCUUUAAUCACGAACACUCAAAAACCUUUGGAUGAAGCCGUGGGUGCAUCUAGACGCGACAACACGGCACUUUCUUGGAAAUUAGUUUUACUUGGGUAAAACUAAUUAAUUUUUUAACUCUCUUCCUAAGAGAUCAAAGUUAAGUGUUUGGGUUUUUAAAGCGUCUUAUUCGUUUCCCCCAUCAGCACAAUGUUCCCUGUGUAAAUUCAUUCGUCGAGGGAAGGUUUUUCAAUGUUUGAUGGAUAAGCCAUAGAAAUGCAAAACAUUGUCUGCAAUGAAUCCAUCGACAGCCAUGCAUGAGAGAUUGAAAAUACUCCUGUCAGUUAUGUUUCUUUUUAUGAGGUUUUUAUUUGUUCAAUUCCUCCGUGAUGACUCAACAGCCUAUUAAUCAAGGAAAGGCUGCACAUUUUAAUGGUUUGAAAAUUUAUCAUUUCUACGAGACACAUUGGUAAAAAGAAAAGAUUUAAUUGCUGGAAGUUCAAAUUAUAUAAUUUAAGGUGAUACCUCGUCACAAAUUUUAAAUAGCUCUUACUCUUUGGAUAUGUUGCAGUUUUUUCUAAAAUUUACCCUUCUUUCUUUUUCUCUUUUUAUCCGUGUCCUUGGAGCGGGAAGGGCGCGCACUGCACUUGCACGAAUGCUGAAACCCGGGUCCCAAUAACACCGCGAACGGAUAACAUGGGCGCACCAGGCCGCACAGGGACCCAGACCACUGAAGGGCCACUUGCCUCCGCACUGAGGACUGCAUUGAAACGCUAGACAUUUGUCCCGUGAAGCCAAAUCACGCAUGCUGGAAAGGUGCAAACCAGCAAGUAGCGAAAAACUCAGAAAUUGUUCAUGAUGAGCCAACUUCCACGAGAUACAACGUCAAGAGGGGAACUGUUGGCCCUGAAGAAGUAGAGAAUCUGUGGUUUCUAGGACCAACCAAAUGAAGCAAAAUUAAAAAAUGUCUCCAGAAACCGAUCUUUCUUUUGGGAGGUGUCGUUACACUCUUCGGCCUGAUCUGCCCCUAAGCGCGCACCUGCAGAUCCAAGUCUUCGAAACAAGAACCACCGUUUUAUGUACAAAAUUGGCUUUUCCCUUUUUGCCUUUAACGUCGAGCGAGCACUGUUUAAUUCAAAGUAGUUUUUGCAUCUUCCACGCCUCAAAAUGUAUUUAUUCUAAUUACGGGCCAUUUGUUGACACCGCAAUAAGUGGAAUCUAUCCACUCCCCAACCCUUGGAACUGGCUUCGCAUCGCGUCAUCAUUCCUGCACCUCUCCCUACUAGUUUCCCCUCUUUUGCCUUACCAGUCACAGUAAGAAUUGAUUUAUAUUUUCAAAGUCUCGUCCACGUUAUUAAAUUUAUACCUUCAGCAGUAACUUAAUUAAUGGCCAAUUUCGCGACCAAAAUACUUUAACUCUCUGUUAGAGUCACUUUGAGCAAUAAACCAAA